AAAAAAAGAAAGUACGUAUGAUGACACAUACUUUGCUUAAUUUUAGAUUUAAACUGAGUUAUUAUUUGAAGUAAGAAGCAGUACAGCAUUCGACACUAUCGUUUGCAUGAAAUGUGGUGCAUCGCUUUAGGUUAAAGGCAUUCAUUGCAUCCUAGAGAACAGUUUCAGCAACAUACCAGAAGUGCUACAAGUAUCUGAGAAAACAUGAGUUUCUUUGGUUCAACAUCGUCAACGUUUGGAAACACGAGCAGUGGAGCAGGAAUGUUUGGGACAACCACUAACACAAAUUAUAAUGCUAUGAAGGAUAUUGAGGUUACCUCUCCACCAGACGACAGUGUGAGCUGCCUAAAGUUCAGCCCAGAGUCUAUGAUGCAAUCGACCUACUUGGUAGCCGGUAGUUGGGAUAACAACGUACGUUGUUGGGAGGUGCAGCAAUCGGGGACCAUUGUCCUGAAGGCCCAACAGACCCACACUGGGCCAGUACUUGAUGCUGAUUGGAGCGACGACGGUACUAAAGUGUUCACUGCAUCCUGCGAUAAAACGGCCAAAAUGUGGGACUUGAACAGUAAUCAGUUUGUACAAAUAGCUCAGCAUGAUGCUCCAGUUAAAACUGUGCAUUAUGUGAAAGCUCCAAACUAUACAUGCGUUAUGACCGGAAGCUGGGAUAAAACUCUCAAGUUUUGGGAUACAAGACAACCAACCCCUAUCAUGAACAUAGCGCUGCCGGAAAGAUGUUACUGCGCUGAUGUGAAAUACCCAAUGGCGGUUGUCGGCACAGCAGGCAGAGGUCUGAUCAUAUACCAACUGGAGAACCAGCCGCAGGAGUUCAGAAAGUUUGAAUCUCCGCUGAAGUACCAGCAUCGCUGCGUUAGUAUCUUUAUGGACAAGAAGACAAACCAGCCAACAGGAUUCGCACUUGGCAGUAUUGAAGGACGAGUUGCAAUACAUUAUGUAAAUCCAACAAAUCCGAAAGACAAUUUCACUUUUAAAUGCCACAGAGCAAAUGGUACCACUUCCAACAACAUGCAAGAUAUAUAUGCUGUGAAUGACAUCUCUUUUCACCCUGUACAUGGUACCCUGGCUACUACGGGCUCUGACGGAAGGUUUAGCUUUUGGGACAAGGAUGCCAGAAUUAAACUGAAGACCUCUGAGCAAUUUGACCAACCACUCACUGCUUGCAACUUUAACCCGCAAGGCAACAUCUUUGCAUAUGCAACCAGUUACGAUUGGUCUAAAGGCCACGAGGGUUUCGACCCACAGAAGAUGAAGCCACAUAUUUUCUUGAGGAGGUGCUUUGAUGAACUUAAACCUUCUACCAAAAAAUCAUAAGUGUAACGAAAGGUGUUAUAUAGGACAAAACGUUUGAGGAGAUGCUUUGAAGAACUGAAACCUACAAAAAUGAUAAACCUAAGAAAAAUGUAGUGCUCAUAGAACAAAAUUCUCAAGGACGUACUUUGACGAACUACUCAAACUUAAAAAAUUGUCAGCAGAAGAAAGAUGUAACAUAGAACAAAACUCAUGCAGAUGUUCUUUGUCAAAAACAUUCUAAUAAAAUCAUAACAGCAAGGAAGAUUAUAUACUAAGUAAUAAAGAACAACACAAUGAAAUAAAAAUAUAAUCUACUAGAAAGGCAACAAAACUACAAAAUAAGAAAAACAAGAUUUGCAACAAAAUUGUGAAGUAAAAAACAAAAUAAAGGCAAAAUCACUGUGAAAUAGGAAACAAAUUAAAGGCAAAAUUACUGUGAAAUCAGAAACAAAUUAAAGGCAAAAUCACUGUGAAUUAAGAAACAAAAUAAAGGCAAAUUCACUGUGAAAUAAGGAACAAAAUAAAGGCAAAUUCACUGCGAAAUUAAGAAACAAAAUAAAGGCAAAUUCACUGCGAAAUUAAGAAACAAAAUAAAGGCAAAUUCACUGUGAAAUAAGAAACACAAGAAAGGCAACAAAACCAUGAAAUAAUGUACAGAAGAUUGGCAGGAAAUCACUAGAAUGCCAACACAACUAUGAAAUAAGAAAUACAAAAUAGCAAAUAAGUUAUGAAAUAAGAAACACAAGAAUGGCAGAACCACUAUGAAACAAAACUUCGGAGUAAGAAACACAAACUUGAAAGAAAGACUUUAAAGAGAAUAUAUAGAACAAGACUAUGAACUAGGAAACACCAUUAUCAGUGAAAAACAGUUACUGUUUGGUAAAUCAGCAGAUGAAUCCUACAUAAUCUGACUGUCAGAAUUUCAUAAAAUACAACUCCACAGCAUGUUAAACAUACUGAAGCAGCAAAUUAAAAAAAAACAAUGAAUAUUUGGAUACUAAGUACUAUAAUAACAUUAAGAUGUUUAUUAAGAAAACAACAGAAACUUGUGAAAUGACUGUCUGUUGUACAAAAUGUAUAUAGUGACCUUAAAAAAAGAGACACUGAGAAUUAAAACUUGCCUUUGAUAAGCGUAUAGAAGCUAAAGGUGUAUAUAGAAACAUAUUAACUGUCCAUUGAGAAUGGUGUGGAAAUAAGUUUAUAAUUUGUUAUUCGUUCUGGUGUUAUAAUGUUGUAUUUUCAGUGUUUUGUGCUAUGGCUUUUGUACUACCGUCACUAAAGUAAUUUGGAAUAAAUUAGUUUAUAGUUUGAGAA